AUGAACCCCAGCACCCCCAGCUUCUCCACGGCUUCGUUGUAUGUGGGGGACCUACACCCAGACGUGACCGAGGCGAUGCUCUACGAGAAGUUCAGCUCAGCUGGACCCAUCCUCUCCAUCCGGGUCUGCAGGGACGCCAUCAGCUCCCGCUCUUUGGGCUAUGGGUAUGUGAACUUCCACCGGCCAGCGGACGCGGGCCACGCUUUGAACACCAUGAAUUUUGAUGUUAUAAAUGGCAAGCCAGUACGCAUAAUGUGGUCUCAACGUGAUCCAUCACUUCGCAAAAGUGGCGUGGGCAAUAUAUUCAUUAAUCACUUAGACAAAUCCAUUGAUAAUAAAGCACUAUAUGAUAUGUUUUCUGCUUUUGGUAACAUCCUUUCAUGUAAGGUGGCUUGUGAUGAGAAUGGUUCUAAGGGUCAUGGAUUUGUACAUUUUGAGACACGGGAAGCAGCUGAAAGAGCUAUUGAAAACGUGAAUGGCAUGCUUGUAAAUGAUCGCAAACUAUUCGUUGGGCAAUUUAAGCCUCCUAACCAACGAGAAGAAGAGCGCAAAGCUAGGAUAAAAGAGUUCACCAAUGUUUACGUCAAGAAUUUUGGGGAAGGUAUGAAUGAUGAGUGCCUUUUGGAUCUCUUUGGCAAGUUUGGACCUAUCUCAAGUGUGAAAGUAAUGACUGAUGAAAGUGGAAAAUCCAGAGGUUUUGGAUUUGUAAGGUUUGAAUGCCAUGCAGAUGCACAGAAAGCUGUAGAUGAGAUGGAUGGAAAGGAGCUUGAUGGGAAAAAAAUUUACGUUUCUCGAGCUCAGAAAAAAAAGGAAAGGGAGACAGAACUUCAGCACAAAUUACAAGAGAUUAAGGAAAGUAGGGUCGCUAAAUACCAGGGUGUUAACCUUUAUGUGAAAAAUCUUGCUGAUGGUAUUGAUGAUGAACGUCUCCGGAAAGAGUUCUCUCCAUUUGGUACAAUCACUAGUGCAAAGGUUAUGAUGGAGGGCACUCGCAAAAAGGGGUUUGGGUUUGUAUGUUUCUCCUCCCCAGAAGAAGCCAGUAAAGCAGUAGCAGAAAUGAAUGGCAGAAUCUUGGCCACCAAGCCAUUGUAUGUAUCCUUCGCUCAGUACAAACAAGAGCGCCAGGUUCACCUCACUACCCACUAUAAGCAGAAAACAGAAACUCCGACAGCUGUGCCCGACCCAGUAACCACCCCCUGCCAGCCAGCACCUCCAGAUUACUUGAUGGUAGCUAAGCCACCGACUCAGGACUAUGCUGCAUACAGUCCUCCUAGCCAAGUUGCUCAACCAACACCAAGUUCUUGCUGCAUUGAUGAGAGUGCCAUACCUCAUCCAUUCCAAAAGAUGCCCAGCGCUGUUGACCCAGCCACUCCUACAACCAUGAAACCAGCUUCUUCACAGCUUCCACAACCAAUCUCAACACAGCCACAGUGUGUUGCUAACACAUCAACACCCACAGUGAGUCCACAUCCUGCUGCUGCAGCUACUCCUGCUGUCCGCACCAUUCUACAGUAUAAAUAUAAUGAAGGAGUUUGCAAUCCUCAACAACUUAAUGCACAGCCACGAGCUACCGUGAAGCAGCCUGCUGUUCGUGUACAAGGUGGGAAGUCUUUGAUUGCUUCCAGGUUGGCAUCUGCCUCCCCUGAAGAGCAAAAGAAAAUGUUGGGUGAAUGGCUAUUUCCUCUAAUUCAAGCCAUACAGCCUACUCUUGCUAGUAAAAUCACUGGCAUGUUGUUGGAAAUGGAUAAUUCAGAACUUCUUCUUAUGCUUGAGUCUCCAGAGUCUCUCUGUUCUAAAGUUGAUGAAGCUGUAGAGGUACUACAAGCCUGCCUGCCUCAACAACCUGAGAAAAAACCAUUAACAGUGCCACCGGGGUUCCAUCUUUAAAGUUGAUCAGGG